AUGGCCUUCAGAUAUGGAGGAUCUGUGACUUCAAGCAGUUUGGCUGAUGAGGCAAAUGUGACUGGACCUAUUCUAUGCAGUUCAAUGGCUCUGAGGGCAAUCAUACCGAGUGUAGCUGGCAAGUCACAUGCAUCUAGACGCAUAAGUUCUCUUGUUGCAUCUCUUGCCCCAGAGAUCUGUUUUGUGCGUUCUGGACGAGAGAGUUCCUUUAGUGUUUCCUAUUACUGGGACUUCUGUUCUCUUUCUUUAAAGUCUUACAGCGAUAGAGGAGGGGCGACGAUGACAGGCAUAGGAUGGUGUCGGGAGUCAUCAGUCACGAAUCUGCAUCGCAAAACGGCAAUUCUCUCUCAUGAGCUAAAGCGUUAUAGGAUUGACAUCGCUGCCCUUAGUGAAACUCACCUUGCGGACAACGGAGAGUUACGUGAAGUAGGUGGUGGAUUCACAAUCUUUUGGAAAGGUCGACCCCCUAGUGAGAAGAGGCAGUCUGGUGUUGGUCUUGCCAUUAGGACAUCUCUUGUUAAUCGUCUCGAUACUCUUCCAAAGGGCAUCACCGAUCGCCUUAUGACUGUUCGUGUUCUUCUGACUUCACACAAUUACCUAACUAUCAUCAGUGCCUAUGCUCCAACUAUGUGUGAUACAAUCGAGGCCAAAGAAAAGUUUUAUGAUGAUCUGAAUAAUGUGAUAAAGUCUGUGUCACCAAAAGACAAAUUACUGCUUUUAGGAGAUUUCAAUGCUCGUGUUGGAUCUGACCAUGAAGCCUGGGCUGGCUUUCUUGGCCACCAUGGCAUCGGAACCGAAAACAGUAAUGGCACCCUUCUUCUGACCCUUUGUGCAUCUCAUGAUUUAACAAUAACAAACACAUUGUUUCAACAACAAGAUAAAUACAAGACAACAUGGAUGCACCCGCGGUCGUCUCGUUGGCAUAUGAUUGACUUUGCUAUUGUUCGUCGGGCAGACGUAAAAUAUGUCAAACACACAAGAGUAAUGCGUGGUGCAUCUGCUACUGAUCUAUCUGAUCAUAGAAUGGUGCGGAUCAAUCUCUUGUAUACUAUCAAGGCUCCUGCACGCCAUCAAUCCAAGAGUAAACAACAGAAGUUGAAUGUGGAUAGUCUACGAACACUUGGCGCCAGAGAGAAUCUCUGUGAGAAAAUUUCUGAAACUUUAGGGAGUGUGCCUGCUUGUACAUCUGCGUGUGAUAUUGAUUCACAGUGGUCAUGCUUACGUGAUUCUGUUUAUGAUGCAUUAAAACAGGUUCUUGGCAUCCAAGGAAAGAAACAUCAAGACUGGUUUGACGACAAUGACAUUGAUAUUUGUAAUCUCCUUGACAGAUUACAUCAUAAGCAUCGGGCGUGGUUGGCUGACAGGAACGAUUAUAGAAAAGCCAAUGCUUAUAGAUCCAGCAAGAGAUUAGUUCGAUCACGACUUGGUGCUAUGAGGGAUGCAUGGUGGGAUGAGAAAGCAAAAGAGCUCCAGCUAGCCAGUGACCGACAUGACAUGAGGACAUUGUAUACUGGCCUGAGACAAAUCUUUGGUCCAGAAUUCAGUGGAAGUACACCACUUCGCACUGCUGAUGAAUCCUCAAUGUUGCAUGGUAAAGAAGACAUCCUGGAUCGUUGGGUAGAGCAUUUUUCAUCUGUUCUCAAUCGGCCUUCUUGUAUCUGUGAGGAAGCCAUUGAAGCAAUCCCACAGAUGCCCCUUAUCUCACAAAUGUCUGACCCUCCUUCUAUACUUGAAAUUGGCAAUGUAAUUGCCAAUAUGUCAAAUGGCAAGUCUCCAGGUGCAGAUGGCUUGCCUGUUGAAGUCUUUAAACAUGGUGGCCCCUUGCUGUUAACCAAACUAGGUGAUCUCGUCAGAGAAUGUUGGGAACAGGAGAGAGUCCCUAAAGCAUUUAAGGAUGCUCACAUUGUGCAUUUGUACAAGAAGAAAGGUGAUAAAUCUGACUGCAACAACCAUUGA